ACGUGCAUAUCGCUCAACGCUUCGAGAAUUGCAACACCCUCUACGUUUCCAGAGCGCAGGAGUCCUCGACGGCAGGUUUAAGACGCAUUAAAGCUGCGUAAUGGGCCAAGAUGGGUGGGAAGGAUGAAGCAAUUCCAGUUUUUGGCUCAGAUGUUCUCCUACCAGCUCUGAAAGCUGGGGGUUUGAGCGGAUCGGCUGGUCUGCUGUACGGAGGUAUUUCUGGUAUCCUCACCAGCUCUCCUCACCAGGUUGCCCAUUCAGUGUCGCAUGGAAUCCAUUGGUUUGCACUAGGCAGCUCAUUUUGGUGGUUGAGGAGUAAUAUUCUGAAACUCCAUUUCCAGAACGAUGCUUCUCCGAAAGAACGUGCCUAUACGAGCGCCAUUUCUGGUGGGGUUGCGGGAGGUGCAGUAACGCGGCUUAUGGGUGGUCGCCUUGUCCCAGGUGUCGUGAUCUUCUCGAUGCUGGGGUAUCUUGGCCAGAGUUCUUACAAUGCCAUUGACCGAUGGCAGGCACAGCGUGCACAGGAGGGUCCAUCGAAGCCCUUUCUGCAGCGGUUAGCGGACUCGAAAUGGGUCCCGUUGAAGGCCCUCUCCGAUGAGGACUAUAAGCAUAUGCUGAGCGAGAAGCUACUGAACAUUGAGGCAGAGAUCGCGCUUAUUGACGAUAAGAUCCAGGACCUCGAGAAGUUGAAGGCGUCCAGCUCGGAAGUGAAGGUGCCGGAAUCGAGAGCGAAAUAAGAAAUAUUACUUAUUAUUAUUAUUCCCUAGAAAUAAUAAUCACUUACCUGUUCAGGCAUGUUGCGGGACUGCGGCGUAUCCAGCGUCUCGAAAUACGGUGGUGGGAUAAGCGAGGCGAACAAACAAUAUUAAAUCAAUCCCUAUUGAGGACAUUCGAGGCUGUACUCUAUGAUGCUUGGCCCCACCGCGGUCGAUAGUUAGCAUCCCCCUUCGUUGCGUAUGUGGUGAAUAAGAAUUCGAUGCGCGGAACUCCCGGGACCGGCGAGAGUUUAAGAGCGGGAACCUCUUGUGGAGUGGCAAGACCAACAAUCUUUUUCUGAUGUUGGUGAUUUUUUUUAUGUUGCCGGAGCCCCUGGACAAUUAUCGUGUUAGGAAUCAGAG